AGAGGAACACAGCCACACUUAGUACAGCCGACAACUCAGGAACCUCUUGAAAUGUCCUUGUUUUAAUUAUCCAAAUAAGUGCUUUUCUUUUACGAGAAAAGUUUGCAUGUCACGUUGCUUUCUUUGCUUGAGUAACAACAAGUUAAAAGUUUUAAGCAAAGUUCGGCUCACUGGACGGAGACAAAGUGUAACCAGUUUGUUGGAGGCUGAUACACGAAGGCCAACAAACAAGAUUAUUGGAUUGGUUCAUGUACGAUGGAUGUCCUGAUGUUAGUGGUGCUCUGCUCCUGGCUGGCUCCUGCACUGGCGUCAGGGGGCGAUGAUGAAAAAGACUAUGACAGCGCUUUUGAGUACGAUUAUGAAUCUCUGAGGAUCGGAGGCCUGGUGUUUGCAGUUUUGCUCUUCGUGAUGGGUAUCGUCCUCAUUGUCAGUCGAAAAUGUACCUGUUCAAAGAGUGAUAAGCACAGGUCCAGAGGUCCAGGCGUGGAAUCAGGAGUUCCAAGGGCCUAGAAGACCCAGAAGCAGAGAUCAAUGAGGAUCUAUGUUACUGACUGUUGCCACCAAGGGGCAGCAAACACCUUGAUCACAGCUGAGGACAAUCUUUCCACAAAUACACAAAGCUUCUUUCUGUUUCAUAUUCAUAUGGUUAUUUUAUAAAUGUUUUUCCCGUCAAUAAAUUUUACUAGAUAAUGUGUCAACUUUAUAAGGCAGCAAUAGUUUGAUUAUCACGUGUAUUUUUCUAUGACUUUCAGUUUGAUACCAAAUAAAUAAACCAAACGUUUUAAAAAGC